AUGAUUGCUUCUACUUAUUUGUUCACCAUUUUUGCUGCGUUUGCCAUGACUGCAUCUGCAGUAAAUCCACACAAAUCUCCAGUCUCACACAAAUCUCUAAUAAAUUCCCCAAAAUCUUUAACCCCAGCUUCAGCUUCAGCUCCAGCUCCAGCUCCAUCCCAAUUCCCACCUCCAUCCCAAUCUCCAGCUCCGGCUCCAUCCCCACCAGUGGCUUUUGUUGGAAUGGGUGUUGCUGGACCGUGCAAGGAUGACUCGUCGUGCGAUGAAGGUCUCAAAUGCAAACGACUUGAUACUCAAGAUCCAGGCAGUGAUGGCAUUUGCACUGUUCCAAAAGGAAAGGUUGUCGAUCUAGGUGCCAAAUGUGGUGGGUUUUCGCGUUCAGCCCCACAGUGUGCCAACGGACUCACUUGCAAACUUGGUCCAGUCUCUGAUGGAGGUGGUGUCUGUGCUCUCCCUAGUGGUGCUACUUUAUCCACUGAGCAAUCUGGUUCGAAUUCCACUGCUAGCGCAAAUGAACACCAUGGACCCGAUCAUCCGGCCGAUCCAAAGGGGAACGACACUAAAUCAGAUACUAGUGAGCACCCAAUAUACUCUGAACCUACACUUUCUGGAUCAACUGCUUUGGUAUCAGGUUCUGUUUUCAAAAUUUUGUCCAUGUUGGCUGCCGUUCUUUUGGCGAUUUAA